AUGGUGGCGCCAGCUCAGAUGGCCUCAAUUUUCCCGCUCCCACGGAGAACGAGCCAGACUCUGACAGGCUCACGAAAAGCCAUCUACAAAUGCUCUAUCACAAAAACUAAUCACAUCAUGGCAGCACUCGAUGGACUUGGGAAACGUACCUCCCAUGUGGAAUCAAAGAUGGAGAAUUUCGCCUCUGCACACAAUGACCUGGCCACACACGUGGAACAGUUGGAACAAAAAUUGGUAAAAUUAGCGGACCUUGUAGACAGAGCUCACAGGAACAAUUUGCGCCUCUGGGGAAUAUUCAAAACGAUUCUACCAGAAAAUUUACAAGCCUAUGUCAGUGGCAUCCUCCAAGCCUACGCACCAGAAAUACUGGCAGACAUGUUACUCAUCGACAGGAUACACUGUCUACCACGUCCAAGAUUCCUCCCAGACACCACUCCAAGAGAUGUGCUGGUGCGUGCCCAUUAUUACCACAUCAAAGAGCACGUACUGCGAGCCGGAACAAGGGGAAACCUCCGGCAAAUUUUCCUAAUGUCAAGCUGUUUGCGGAUUUAUUAG